GACCACAACUUCCCUUCAUGGCAGUGAGGUAUGCGCUCGUCGAGUGUUCACCAGAAAGUGUAAAGUACUGAAAGCAACCCCCCAGGUGGUGUUGGCUGUUUGCUGCUGAAGGAGUCGAGGUGCCUGUCGAGCCUGCGUUACCAUGUCUGUGUGGGGCAGGAGCCCGCUGCUGGUGGCCAUUCCUCUCUGCAUGUGUUUUGGGAGAGCUGCUGCUAUCACAGAACCUGAAAUCUGCUACAUUCUGGAUGGAAUCCUGUUUUUGUACGGCGUCAUCCUGACAGGUCUCUACUGCCGGAUCAAGAUCUACAACGCUAGGGCGGAUGCAGGACACCAAAAGCAGAACCCUGAAGACAGAGUGUACAUGGGCCUCACCCCCCGCGCCCAGGACACGUACGAAACCAUCGGCGGAAAGAAGUGACGCGACGCCUGAAAGCGCAGGACACGUUUUAAUGGAUGCCUUCUUUUUCUAUAGUUAAACAUUGCUAAUCUUGACCCGCUUGAAUCUAGAGGGAAUGUGAGAGAGGGAAGUAGAUCUGAAAGCGACUCUCAGAAAUGCCUACACUUGCCAUGUAAGAUAUUCCCACGGCUCUAGUAUUUAAUUUUAACGCAGAUUUUAUAUUUCUUUUCAGACAUUGUGUUACGUAAUAGUAUAUGAUCGCUCGCGUGGUGUGUGUAUUAGCUUGUGAGCGGGGCACGAGGGGCCUGUGCGGUGAGGAGCCAGCUGACUUCCUGUUCAGGCCGAGCGCACGCGACGCGCUCUCGCGCCGAAGGGGGACGGGUCGAGGGGCAGUGCGGUCGACGUUACGUCGACGUGCUCGCUGCUCCACGGACACUGGUGGAGGGACGGCGUGGGUCAUGUUUGUGCUUUACGGCGUGGUCUGGGGUCUCAGAGCAGAGAGGAACAAAACGUAUAGGAUGAAUGGUUUCAUAUGUGAACUGCCGCCCUUCUGUAACUAACAAUAUUGUAACAGAUGUAUUAAAUGUACUUUGCUUAUUAAAUAACCCGUCUGUUCGUGUAGUGGUACAUCAGGA